AUGGCCCAAUUUGCAGUGUCGUUUCAGCUACUAAUUGUGCUUGCGGCAACUUUUGUCUCUGCAAGUUUGAGUUAUGGUAUUUUUGAAAAAUUUACCGAUGCCACAGAAGAACUUCCUCCUGAGUUUGUAACAUUGUACUACACACAGACACUCGACCAUUUCAACUACAAACCAGAAAGCUAUGAGACCUUUCAACAGAGAUAUAUUUUGAACUCAAAGUACUGGGGUGGGCCAAAUACUAGCUCACCCAUUUUUGUCUAUGCAGGUGCAGAAUGUAACAUAACACUUGUUAUUCCCCCAGGUGGGGGAUUCAUGGCUCAUCUUGCUUCUCGUUUUAAUGCCUUGUUGUUAUAUAUAGAGCAUCGCUUUUAUGGAGAAUCAAACCCUUUUGGUCCUUCAAGUCUCCAAAAUGCUACUACUCUUGGUUACUUAAGCUCGGCACAAGCUUUAGCAGAUUAUGCACAACUGAUUCUAGAUGUUAAGAAGAAUCUGUCAGCAGAAAGUUCCCCAGUAAUUGUUGUUGGAGGUUCUUAUGGUGGAAUGCUUGCAUCAUGGUUUCGUCUGAAAUAUCCUCACAUUGUCAUUGGUGCCUUGGCAUCAUCUGCUCCGAUACUUUACUUUGAUGACAUAACACCACAGGAUGGAUUUUUUGUUGUUGCAAGCAAAGAUUUUAAGGAUACCAGUGAGAGUUGUUACAACACCAUAAAACAGUCCUGGUCUGAAAUUGAUAAAGUUGCAGCUCAACAAAAUGGACUGGAGACUCUUAGAAGCAUCUUCAGCCUUUGCGAUCGUCUGCACUCGGUGGGAAUGCUCAAAUUCAUAUUACGAAGAGUGUAUUUAUAUUCAGCUCAGUAUGACAAUCCUCCAUACUUUUAUGUUGAAAAAGUAUGUGGUGCCAUUAAUGGAGCUCCAGAAGGAACUGAUACUCUCGGCAGAAUUGCAGCAGGUCUAAACGCAAGUAUCUUCUCAUGCCACUCUAAUCCUACUUGGAAGUCAAUUGUAGAUGAAGAUUUAUGGCUAUGGCAGGUAUGCACUGAACUUGUAAUGCCAAUUGGACUGGACAAUAACAAUACAAUGUUUGAGGCAUUGCCUUUCGAUAUGAACAGACACGUGAAUAUGUGCCAAAGUAUAUUUGGUAUCUCGCCAAGGCCUCAUUGGAUCACAACGGAAUACGGUGGCCAUGACAUAAAAUCUGUACUGGGAAACUUUGCAAGCAACAUCAUUUUCUCCAAUGGACUAAGAGACCCGUUUAGUGUUGGAGGAGUUCUUGAGGACAUAUCAGACAGCGUUGUUGCCAUAAAAACAGAAAAAGGUGCCCACUGCUUGGAUUUAUAUACAGCAACUCCAAAUGAUUCUGAUUGGUUGGUUGCACAGAGGGAAGAAGAGAUCAAUAUCAUAGCCCAUUGGAUUGAUGAAUACAAUGCCAAGCCCAGCAAUGACGCAAGAAAUUCACUAUUUUAUUGUAAUUAUUAUUUGAUUUCUUUCUUCAUAGCUAUUUGGUUAGUUGGUUAA